AUGAGGGCCUGUCUGGUCCGUCUGGCUGUCUGGCUUCUGUCUGUCUGUCUGGCUGCUGGUGCCUGUUUGGCUGUCAACUACCUCUGUCAACACAACCUGCAGGUCAGUAGCACACUCAUAUACACACACACACACACACACUCACACAGACACACACACUCACACAGACACACAGUGUAAUGUGUUGCACUGUCACCUGGAACUACCUCUGUAAAUAUGUUUGUUUACUGUGAAUGUGGUGUGUGUUUUUGUGUGUGUGCGUCCAUGCGAUGUGUGUGUGUGUGUGUGCGUCCAUGCGGUGUGUGUGUGUUCCUCCAGUGUGUGGUAGCGUCCCCCAGUCCAGAGGAUGUCCUGACAGAGGCCUGGUCUCUGCUGCUGCCUGUAGGAGUGUGUGUCCUCAACACCUUCAUAUCACUACUCUACGCACACACACAGAGACUGGAGCGCUACGAUAGCACGCACACGCGUGUCUACGUCACGGUACUCAGGUAACACACACACACACACAGAGACUGGAGCGCUACGAUAGCACACACACACGUGUCUACGUCACGGUACUCAGGUAACACACACACAGAGACUGGAGCGCUACGAUAGCACACACACGCGUGUCUACGUCACGGUACUCAGGUAACACACACACACACAGAGACUGGAGCGCUACGAUAGCACACACACACGCGCGUGUCUACGUCACGGUACUCAGGUAACACACACACAGAGACUGGACCGCUACGAUAGCACACACACGCGUGUCUACGUCACGGUACUCAGGUAACACACACACACACACACAGAGACUGGAGCGCUACGAUAGCACUCACGGUACUCAGGUAACACACACACACACAGAGACUGGAGCGCUACGAUAGCACACACACACGUGUCUACGUCACGGUACUCAGGUAACACACACACAGAGACUGGAGCGCUACGAUAGCACACACACGCGUGUCUACGUCACGGUACUCAGGUAACACACACACACACACAGAGACUGGAGCGCUACGAUAGCACACACACGCGCGUGUCUACGUCACGGUACUCAGGUAACACACACACAGAGACUGGACCGCUACGAUAGCACACACACGCGUGUCUACGUCACGGUACUCAGGUAACACAAUCACACACACACAGAGACUGGAGCGCUACGAUAGCACACACGCGCGUGUCUACGUCACGGUACUCAGGUAACACACACACAGAGACUGGACCGCUACGAUAGCACACACACACGUGUCUACGUCACGGUACUCAGGUAACACACACACACACAGAGACUGGAGCGCUACGAUAGCACGCACACGCGUGUCUACGUCACGGUACUCAGGUAACACACACACAGAGACUGGAGCGCUACGAUAGCACACACACGCGUGUCUACGUCACGGUACUCAGGUAACACACACACACAGAGACUGGAGCGCUACGAUAGCGCGCACACGCGUGUCUACGUCACGGUACUCAGGUAACACACACACAGAGACUGGAGCGCUACGAUAGCACACACACACGCGCGUCUACGUCACGGUACUCAGGUAACACACACACAGAGAUGGAGCGCUACGAUAGCGCGCACACGCGUGUCUACGUCACGGUACUCAGGUAACACACACACACACAGAGACUGGAGCGCUACGAUAGCACACACACGCGUGUCUACGUCACGGUACUCAGGUAACACACACACACACACACACAGAGACUGGAGCGCUACGAUAGCACGCACACGCGUGUCUACGUCACGGUACUCAGGUAACACACACACAGAGACUGGAGCGCUACGAUAGCACACACACGCGUGUCUACGUCACGGUACUCAGGUAACACACACACACAGAGACUGGAGCGCUACGAUAGCGCGCACACGCGUGUCUACGUCACGGUACUCAGGUAACACACACAGAGACUGGAGCGCUACGAUAGCACACACACACGUGUCUACGUCACGGUACUCAGGUAACACACACACACACACAGAGACUGGAGCGCUACGAUAGCACACACACACGCGCGUGUCUACGUCACGGUACUCAGGUAACACACACACACACACAGAGACUGGAGCGCUACGAUAGCACACACACGCGUGUCUACGUCACGGUACUCAGGUAACACACACACACACACAGAGACUGGAGCGCUACGAUAGCACACACACACGUGUCUACGUCACGGUACUCAGGUAACACACACACAGAGACUGGAGCGCUACGAUAGCACACACACACGCGCGUCUACGUCACGGUACUCAGGUAACACACACACAGAGAUGGAGCGCUACGAUAGCGCGCACACGCGUGUCUACGUCACGGUACUCAGGUAACACACACACACACAGAGACUGGAGCGCUACGAUAGCACACACACGCGUGUCUACGUCACGGUACUCAGGUAACACACACACAGAGACUGGAGCGCUACGAUAGCAAGCACACGCGUGUCUACGUCACGGUACUCAGGUAACACACACACAGAGACUGGAGCGCUACGAUAGCACACACACGCGUGUCUACGUCACGGUACUCAGGUAACACACACACACAGAGACUGGAGCGCUACGAUAGCGCGCACACGCGUGUCUACGUCACGGUACUCAGGUAACACACACAGAGACUGGAGCGCUACGAUAGCACACACACACGUGUCUACGUCACGGUACUCAGGUAACACACACACACACACACAGACUGGAGCGCUACGAUAGCACACACACACGCGCGUGUCUACGUCACGGUACUCAGGUAACACACACACACACACAGAGACUGGAGCGCUACGAUAGCACGCACACGCGUGUCUACGUCACGGUACUCAGGUAACACACACACACACACAGAGACUGGAGCGCUACGAUAGCACACACACACGUGUCUACGUCACGGUACUCAGGUAACACACACACAGAGACUGGAGCGCUACGAUAGCACACACACGCGUGUCUACGUCACGGUACUCAGGUAACACACACACACACACAGAGACUGGAGCGCUACGAUAGCACACACACACGCGCGUCUACGUCACGGUACUCAGGUAACACACACACAGAGACUGGACCGCUACGAUAGCACACACACGCGUGUCUACGUCACGGUACUCAGGUAACACACACACACAGAGACUGGAGUGCUACGAUAGCACACACGCGCGUGUCUACGUCACGGUACUCAGGUAACACACACACAGAGACUGGACCGCUACGAUAGCACACACACACGCGCGUCUACGUCACGGUACUCAGGUAACACACACACACAGAGACUGGAGCGCUACGAUAGCGCGCACACGCGUGUCUACGUCACGGUACUCAGGUAACACACACACAGAGACUGGAGCGCUACGAUAGCACACACACACGCGCGUCUACGUCACGGUACUCAGGUAACACACACACAGAGAUGGAGCGCUACGAUAGCGCGCACACGCGUGUCUACGUCACGGUACUCAGGUAACACACACACACACAGAGACUGGAGCGCUACGAUAGCACACACACGCGUGUCUACGUCACGGUACUCAGGUAACACACACACACACACAGAGACUGGAGCGCUACGAUAGCACGCACACGCGUGUCUACGUCACGGUACUCAGGUAACACACACACAGAGACUGGAGCGCUACGAUAGCACACACACGCGUGUCUACGUCACGGUACUCAGGUAACACACACACACAGAGACUGGAGCGCUACGAUAGCGCGCACACGCGUGUCUACGUCACGGUACUCAGGUAACACACACAGAGACUGGAGCGCUACGAUAGCACACACACACACGUGUCUACGUCACGGUACUCAGGUAACACACACACACACACAGAGACUGGAGCGCUACGAUAGCACACACACACGCGCGUGUCUACGUCACGGUACUCAGGUAACACACACACACACACACAGAGACUGGAGCGCUACGAUAGCACACACACGCGUGUCUACGUCACGGUACUCAGGUAACACACACACACACACAGAGACUGGAGCGCUACGAUAGCACACACACACGUGUCUACGUCACGGUACUCAGGUAACACACACACACAGAGACUGGAGCGCUACGAUAGCGCGCACACGCGUGUCUACGUCAUGGUACUCAGGUAACACACACACAGAGACUGGAGCGCUACGAUAGCACACACACACGCGCGUCUACGUCACGGUACUCAGGUAACACACACACAGAGAUGGAGCGCUACGAUAGCGCGCACACGCGUGUCUACGUCACGGUACUCAGGUAACACACACACACACAGAGACUGGAGCGCUACGAUAGCACACACAUGCGUGUCUACGUCACGGUACUCAGGUAACACACACACAGAGACUGGAGCGCUACGAUAGCACGCACACGCGUGUCUACGUCACGGUACUCAGGUAACACACACACAGAGACUGGAGCGCUACGAUAGCACACACACGCGUGUCUACGUCACGGUACUCAGGUAACACACACACACAGAGACUGGAGCGCUACGAUAGCGCGCACACGCGUGUCUACGUCACGGUACUCAGGUAACACACACAGAGACUGGAGCGCUACGAUAGCACACACACACGUGUCUACGUCACGGUACUCAGGUAACACACACACACACACAGAGACUGGAGCGCUACGAUAGCACACACACACGCGCGUGUCUACGUCACGGUACUCAGGUAACACACACACACACACAGAGACUGGAGCGCUACGAUAGCACGCACACGCGUGUCUACGUCACGGUACUCAGGUAACACACACACACACACACAGAGACUGGAGCGCUACGAUAGCACACACACACGUGUCUACGUCACGGUACUCAGGUAACACACACACAGAGACUGGAGCGCUACGAUAGCACACACACGCGUGUCUACGUCACGGUACUCAGGUAACACACACACACACACAGAGACUGGAGCGCUACGAUAGCACACACACACGCGCGUGUCUACGUCACGGUACUCAGGUAACACACACACAGAGACUGGACCGCUACGAUAGCACACACACGCGUGUCUACGUCACGGUACUCAGGUAACACACACACACAGAGACUGGAGUGCUACGAUAGCACACACGCGCGUGUCUACGUCACGGUACUCAGGUAACACACACACAGAGACUGGACCGCUACGAUAGCACACAAACACGCGCGUCUACGUCACGGUACUCAGGUAACACACACACACAGAGACUGGAGCGCUACGAUAGCGCGCACACGCGUGUCUACGUCACGGUACUCAGGUAACACACACACAGAGACUGGAGCGCUACGAUAGCACACACACACGCGCGUCUACGUCACGGUACUCAGGUAACACACACACAGAGAUGGAGCGCUACGAUAGCGCGCACACGCGUGUCUACGUCACGGUACUCAGGUAACACACACACACACAGAGACUGGAGCGCUACGAUAGCACACACACGCGUGUCUACGUCACGGUACUCAGGUAACACACACACACACACAGAGACUGGAGCGCUACGAUAGCACGCACACGCGUGUCUACGUCACGGUACUCAGGUAACACACACACAGAGACUGGAGCGCUACGAUAGCACACACACGCGUGUCUACGUCACGGUACUCAGGUAACACACACACACAGAGACUGGAGCGCUACGAUAGCGCGCACACGCGUGUCUACGUCACGGUACUCAGGUACACACACAACAGAGACUGGAGCGCUACGAUAGCACACCACACGGUGUCUACGUCACUGUACUCAGGUAACACACACACACACACAGAGACUGGAGCGCUACUGAUAGCACACACACAACGCGCGGGCUAUGUCACACGGUACUCAGGUAACACACACACACACACAGAGACUGGAGCGCUACGAUAGCACGCACACGCGUGUCUACGUCACGGUACUCAGGUAACACACACCACACACACAAGACUGGGACGUCUACUAUACACGCUACAUACACACACGUGUCUACGUCACGGUACUCAGGUAACACACACACAGAGACUGGAGCGCUACGAUAGCACACACACACGCUGUCUACGUCACGGUACUCAGGUACACACACACACACACACAGAGACUGGAGCGCUACGAUAGCACACACACACGCGUGUCUACGUCACGGUACUCAGGUAACACACACACAGAGACUGGACCGCUACGAUAGCACACACACGCGUGUCUACGUCACGGUACUCAGGUAACACACACACACACACACAGAGACUGGAGCGCUACGAUAGCACACAUGCGCGUGUCUACGUCACGGUACUCAGGUAACACACACACAGAGACUGGACCGCUACGAUAGCACACACACACGCGCGUCUACGUCACGGUACUCAGGUAACACACACACACACAGAGACUGGAGCGCUACGAUAGCACACACACACGUGUCUACGUCACGGUACUCAGGUAACACACACACAGAGACUGGAGCGCUACGAUAGCACACACACGCGUGUCUACGUCACGGUACUCAGGUAACACACACACACACAGAGACUGGAGCGCUACGAUAGCACACACACACGCGCGUGUCUACGUCACGGUACUCAGGUAACACACACACAGAGACUGGACCGCUACGAUAGCACACACACGCGUGUCUACGUCACGGUACUCAGGUAACACAAUCACACACACACAGAGACUGGAGCGCUACGAUAGCACACACGCGCGUGUCUACGUCACGGUACUCAGGUAACACACACACAGAGACUGGACCGCUACGAUAGCACACACACACGUGUCUACGUCACGGUACUCAGGUAACACACACACACACAGAGACUGGAGCGCUACGAUAGCACGCACACGCGUGUCUACGUCACGGUACUCAGGUAACACACACACAGAGACUGGAGCGCUACGAUAGCACACACACGCGUGUCUACGUCACGGUACUCAGGUAACACACACACACAGAGACUGGAGCGCUACGAUAGCGCGCACACGCGUGUCUACGUCACGGUACUCAGGUAACACACACACAGAGACUGGAGCGCUACGAUAGCACACACACACGCGCGUCUACGUCACGGUACUCAGGUAACACACACACAGAGAUGGAGCGCUACGAUAGCGCGCACACGCGUGUCUACGUCACGGUACUCAGGUAACACACACACACACAGAGACUGGAGCGCUACGAUAGCACACACACGCGUGUCUACGUCACGGUACUCAGGUAACACACACAUACACACAGAGACUGGAGCGCUACGAUAGCACGCACACGCGUGUCUACGUCACGGUACUCAGGUAACACACACACAGAGACUGGAGCGCUACGAUAGCACACACACGCGUGUCUACGUCACGGUACUCAGGUAACACACACACACAGAGACUGGAGCGCUACGAUAGCGCGCACACGCGUGUCUACGUCACGGUACUCAGGUAACACACACAGAGACUGGAGCGCUACGAUAGCACACACACACGUGUCUACGUCACGGUACUCAGGUAACACACACACACACACAGAGACUGGAGCGCUACGAUAGCACACACACACGCGCGUGUCUACGUCACGGUACUCAGGUAACACACACACAGAGACUGGAGCGCUACGAUAGCACACACACGCGUGUCUACGUCACGGUACUCAGGUAAUACUAACACACACACACACACACACACACAGCUACACACCCCCGACCCCCAAUAGUAGGUAACAUGUUAUUGUCCUCUACUGUGACUGUAGGAAUGCGAUGCUGAAGGUGUCUAUCCUAGCGGUGUUGUGUUACCACUGGUUAGCACUGGUCCCCAGCAACGUCUCGGUAAGAACUAGUACACACAUAUUGGCUGAGUCUCAAAUGGCGCCCUAUUCCCUUUAUAGUGCACUACUUUUGACAAGGGCCUAUAGGGUAGUAGUGGUCAAAAGUGGUGCACUAUGUAGGGAAUAGGGUGUGACUCAGUGACUUGAGGAAACCUCUUUCUAUUCUGCACUAAGUGUAUUUUUGUGGUGUGUGUGUGUGUGUGUGUGUGUGCGUGUGUGUGUGUGUGCGCGUGUGUGUGCGCGUGUGUGUGUGCGUUCUACAGUGCUGGGAGUCGUAUGUUGGUCAGGAUGUGUACCGGCUGGUGAUAGUGGACUUCAUCUUCUGUCUGCUGGGAUCCUUCUGUGGAGAAUACCUCUACAAGUACAGCUGUCCUUACUAUACUAUACUAUACUAUACUAUACUAAUAGACCUCUGCAAGUACAGAUGUCCUUACUAUACUAUAAUAUACUAUAUUACUAUACUGUGGAGAAUACCUCUACAAGUACAGCUGUCCUUACUAUACUAUACUAUACUAUACUAUACUAUACUAUACUAUACUAAUAUACCUCUGCAAGUACAGAUGUCCUUACUAUACUAUAAUAUACUAUAUUACUAUACUGUGGAGAAUACCUCUACAAGUACAGCUGUCCUUACUAUACUAUACUAUACUAUACUAUACUAUACUAAUAUACCUCUGCAAGUACAGAUGUCCUUGCUAUACUAUAAUAUACUAUAUUACUAUAAUGUGGAGAAUACCUCUACAAGUACAGCUGUCCUUACUAUACUAUACUAUACUAUACUAUACUAUACUAAUAUACCUCUGCAAGUACAGCUGUCCUUACUAUACUAUAAUAUACUAUAUUACUAUACUGUGGAGAAUACCUCUACAAGUACAGCUGUCCUUACUAUACUAUGCUAUACUAUACUAUACUAUACUAUACUAUACUAAUAUACCUCUGCAAGUACAGAUGUCCUUACUAUACUAUACUAUACUAUACAGUGGAGAAUACCUCUACAACUACAGCUGUCCUUACUAUACUAUAAUAUACUAUACUGUGGAGAAUACCUCUACAACUACAGAUGUCCUUACUAUACUAUACUAUACUAUAUUACUAUACUGUGGAGAAUACCUCUACAAGUACAGCUGUCCUUACUAUACUAUACUAUACUAUACUAUACUAUACUAUACUAUACUAUACUAUACUAUACUAUACUAUACUAUACUAUACUAACAUACCUCUGCAAGUACAGAUGUCCUUACUAUACUAUAAUAUACUAUAUUACUAUACUGUGGAGAAUACCUCUACAAGUACAGCUGUCCUUACUAUACUAUACUAUACUAUACUAUACUAUACUAUACUAUACUAUACUAUACUACACUGCAAGUAUAGAUGUCCUUACUAUACUAUAAUAUACUAUAUUACUAUACUGUGGAGAAUACCUCUACAAGUACAGCUGUCCUUACUAUACUAUACUAUACUAUACUAUACUAUACUAUACUAUACUAUACUAUACUAUACUAAUAUACCUCUGCAAGUACAUAUGUCCUUACUAUACUAUAAUAUACUAUAUUACUAUACUGUGGAGAAUACCUCUACAAGUACAGCUGUCCUUACUAUACUAUACUAUACUAUACUCAUAUUGGAGUUGGGAUGAUCAACACUGACCAUACCGACCACUAAUCACAGGCAUUUGGCUGAUAUCGUUCAUUACGAUAACUAGCCUAUACUAGAGAAAUGUGAAGUUUGAAAUAUGGAUGAUUGUUAAUGGGACAAUUGAUGUCUACAACCGAUCAAACUAGUAGUAGUGGUUUAAAGGGUAAUUAAAAAAGAACUGUGGUGCACAUUAAUGUUAUAAACUAGUCUAGUACUAUAGACACUGAGUGUACAAAACAUUAAGAACACCUUCCUAAUAUUGAGUUGCACCUCCUUUUGCCCUCAGAACAGCCUCAAUUCGUCGGGGCAUGGACUCUACAAGGUGUCAAAAGCGUUCCACAGGGAUGCUGGCCCAUGUUGACUCCAGUGCUUCCCACAGUUGUGUCAAGUUGCCUGGAUGUCCUUUGGAUGGUGGACCAUUCUUGAGACACACGGGAACUGUUGAGCAUGAAAAACCCAGCGGCGUUGCAGUUCUUGACACAAACCGGUGCGCCUGACACCUACUACCAUACCCCGUUCAAAGGCACUUCAAUCUUUUGUCUUGCCCAUUCACCCUCCGAAUGGCACACAUACACAAUCCAUGUCUCAAUUGUCUCAAGGGUUAAAAAUCCUUCUUUAACCUGUUUCCUCCCCUCCAUCUACACUGAUUGAAGUGGAUUUAACAAGUGACAUCAAUAAGGGAUCAUAGCUUUCACCUGGAUUCACCUGGUCAGUCUAUGUCAUGGAAAGAGCAGGUGUUCUUAAUGUUUUGUACACACUCUACAAGUAUGUCCAUCUAUCUGUGUUUUUUCCACAUGUUUAGCAUAUUUACAAAAAUACACUUGUAUAGAUUGUUUUAUAUUUAACUCCAACAUGGACUCAAGCACACCUGUUGUUGUCUUUAGUGUGAUUUCCACCAGGUGUGUUGGUGUGAAGCCGGCAGAGUUUGACGUGGCCAGGAACGUUCUAGAUCUGAUCAACGCUCAGACCCUGGCCUGGUACAGUAACCUAUAUCUCUACCCUCGCUGCCUCUCUAGUAACCUAUAUCUCUACCCUCGCUGCCUCUCUAGUAAUCUAUAUCUCUACCCUCUCUGCCUCUCUAGUAAUCUAUAUCUCUACCCUCUCUGCCUCUCUAGUAAUCUAUAUCUCUACCCUCUCUGCCUCUCUAGUAAUCUAUAUCUCUACCCUCUCUGCCUCUCUAGUAAUCUAUAUCUCUACCCUCGCUGCCUCUCUAGUAACCUAUAUCUAUACCCUCUCAGCCUCUCUAGUAACCUAUAUCUAUACCCUCGCUGCCUCUCUAGUAACCUAUAUCUAUACCCUCUCUGCCUCUCUAGUAACCUAUAUCUAUACCCUCGCUGCCUCUCUAGUAACCUAUAUCUAUACCCUCUCUGCCUCUCUACUUCUCUAGUAAUCUAUAUCUAUACCCUCUCAGCCUCUCUAGUAACCUAUAUCUAUACCCUCGCUGCCUCUCUAGUAACCUAUAUCUAUACCCUCUCUGCCUCUCUAGUAACCUAUAUCUAUACCCUCGCUGCCUCUCUAGUAACCUAUAUCUAUACCCUCUCUGCCUCUCUACUUCUCUAGUAACCUAUAUCUAUACCCUCUCUGCCUCUCUAGUAACCUAUAUCUAUACCCUCUCUGCCUCUCUACUUCUCUAGUAACCUAUAUCUAUACCCUCGCUGCCUCUCUAGUAACCUAUAUCUCUACCCUCGCUGCCUCUCUAGUAACCUAUAUCUCUACCCUCGCUGCCUCUCUAGUAACCUAUAUCUAUACCCUCUCUGCCUCUCUAGUAACCUAUAUCUAUACCCUCGCUGCCUCUCUAGUAACCUAUAUCUAUACCCUCUCUGCCUCUCUAGUAACCUAUAUAUAUACCCUCGCUGCCUCUCUAGUAACCUAUAUCUAUACCCCUCUCUGCCUCUCUAGUAACCUAUAUAUAUACCCUCGCUGCCUCUCUAGUAACCUAUAUCUAUACCCUCUCUGCCUCUCUAGUAACCUAUAUCUAUACCCUCGCUGCCUCUCUAGUAACCUAUAUCUAUACCCUCUCUGCCUCUCUAGUAACCUAUAUAUAUACCCUCGCUGCCUCUCUAGUAACCUAUAUCUAUACCCUCUCUGCCUCUCUAGUAACCUAUAUCUAUACCCUCGCUGCCUCUCUAGUAACCUAUAUCUAUACCCUCUCUGCCUCUCUAGUAACCUAUAUAUAUACCCUCGCUGCCUCUCUAGUAACCUAUAUCUAUACCAUCUCUGCCUCUCUAGUAACCUAUAUCUAUACCCUCUCUGCCUCUCUAGUAACCUAUAUCUAUACCCUCUCUAAUAACCUAUAUCUAUACCCUCUCUGCCUCUCUAAUAACCUAUAUCUAUACCCUCGCUGCCUCUCUAGUAACCUAUAUCUAUACCCUCUCUGCCUCUCUAGUAACCUAUAUCUAUACCCUCUCUGCCUCUCUAGUAACCUAUAUAUAUACCCUCUCUGCCUCUCUAGUAACCUAUAUCUAUACCCUCUCUGCUUCUCUAGUAACCUAUAUCUAUACCCUCUCUGCCUCUCUAGUAACCUAUAUCUAUACCCUCUCUGCCUCUCUAGUAACCUAUAUCUAUACCCUCGCUGCCUCUCUAGUAACCUAUAUCUAUACCCUCUCUGCUUCUCUAAUAACCUAUAUCUAUACCCUCGCUGCCUCUCUAGUAACCUAUAUCUAUACCCUCUCUGCUUCUCUAAUAACCUAUAUCUAUACCCUCUCUGCCUCUCUAGUAACCUAUAUCUAUACCCUCUCUGCUUCUCUAGUAACCUAUAUCUAUACCCUCUCUGCCUCUCUAGUAACCUAUAUCUAUACCCUCUCUGCCUCUCUAGUAACCUAUAUCUAUACCCUCGCUGCCUCUCUAGUAACCUAUAUCUAUACCCUCUCUGCUUCUCUAAUAACCUAUAUCUAUACCCUCGCUGCCUCUCUAGUAACCUAUAUCUAUACCCUCUCUGCUUCUCUAAUAACCUAUAUCUAUACCCUCGCUGCCUCUCUAGUAAUCUAUAUCUAUACCCUCUCUGCCUCUCUAGUAACCUAUAUCUAUACCCUCUCUGCCUCUCUAGUAACCUAUAUCUAUACCCUCUCUGCUUCUCUAGUAACCUAUAUCUAUACCCUCUCUGCCUCUCUAGUAACCUAUAUCUAUACCCUCUCUGCCUCUCUAGUAACCUAUAUCUAUACCCUCUCUGCUUCUCUAAUAACCUAUAUCUAUACCCUCGCUGCCUCUCUAGUAACCUAUAUCUAUACCCUCUCUGCUUCUCUAGUAAUCUAUAUCUCUACCCUCGCUGCCUCUCUAGUAAUCUAUAUCUAUACCCUCGCUGCCUCUCUACUUCUCUAGUAACCUAUAUCUAUACCCUCUCUGCCUCUCUAGUAACCUAUAUCUAUACCCUCUCAGCCUCUCUAGUAACCUAUAUCUAUACCCUCUCUGCUUCUCUAGUAACCUAUAUCUAUACCCUCGCUGCCUCUCUAGUAACCUAUAUCUAUACCCUCUCUGCCUCUCUAGUAACCUAUAUCUAUACCCUCGCUGCCUCUCUAGUAACCUAUAUCUAUAUCCUCUCUGUCAGUUCCUGUCUAGUUUAUUGUAUCUAUACCAGACUCUUCUUUAGUCUAGACCUAAAGCUUAUGAUACACUGGCCAUUUGUUUUGACAAUAUUGCCAUAUUGCCGAGCAAUGUUGCUGGCAACAGAGUGGGGUAUGAGACACUGGAGCAAUGAUGAGCAACAUGGACAUAAUUAAACAAUAGUUUAAUUUCUCAAUUUAUUAAUUUAUCUCCUAUUGCUUGUUAAUUCCUGUUGACUGCCACAGCUGUACUGAAAUUCAUCAGCUAACAAACAAGCAGUAAAUAAAUUACUUUUUACUUCAUAAUUCUAAGCUAGGAAGUGUACAUGGUGUUCAUCUAGCUAGCCAGCUAGUUCCACAUACAAAAAACUAAAUGUAAAAUCUACAUGGCUAGCUAACUAGCGAAAUAGCCUGUUUGUCCCAUUGACUUAACAUGGGUUUCGAUUAGCACGCUAAUCGAUUAGCAUGCCCACCACCGUGGAUAUUUUCGGCAGUACUGAACACAGUAUGUAUGUAUUAACGUAUCAUGAUAAAAUAUUAUAGUGAGGCAACAUAUGAGAUGUGAAUGGCGAACAUUUCACAGCAAAAUGGAUGUACAUGUUCUCUCUACAGCAUUUUCUCUCUCUCAAUUCAAUUCAGUUAAAUUCAAAGGGCUUUAUUGGCAUGGGAAACAUAUGUUAACAUUGCCAAAGCAAGUGAAGUAGAUAAUAAACAAAAGUGAGCUAAACAAUGAAAAUGAACAGUAAACAUUACACUCACAAGUUUCAAAGGAAUAGACACAUUUCAAAUGUCAUAUUAUGUCUAUAUACAGUGUUGUGACGAUGUCUCUCUCUCUCUCUCUAGGAUAGGGGUGUACUUCUCUCCUCUCCUCCCUGUCAUUCAGCUCAUCAAACUCUUCCUAAUCUUCCAGCUAAAGAAGGUAGGUAUGUUUCAUCCAUAGAGCCCUGGUGGAAAGUAGUGCACUACACAAUGGAUACGAGGGUGCCUUUUGAGACGCAGUCUCAAGACUCACGUGCAGACCCCCCUCCUUCUCUCCCCCCCUCCUUCUCUCCCCCCUUCUCUCUCCCUCCCUCUCCCUCCCUACCUCUCUCCCUCCCUCUUUCCCCCCUUCUCUCUCCCUCCCUCUCUCCCCCUUCUCCCUCCCUCCCUCCCUCUUCUCUCUCCCACCCUCCCUCUCUCCCACCCUCCUUCUCUCCCCCCCUUCUCUCUCUCUCUCUCUCUCCCUCUCUCUCUCCCUCCCUCCCUCCCUCCCUCCCUCCCUCCCCUCUCUCCCCCUUCCUCUCUCCCCCCUUCCAUUUCUCCCUCCCCUCUCUCCCCCUUCGCCCCUCCCUCCCCUACCCUCGUCUCUCUCUCCCACCCUCCCUCUCUUCCCACCCUCCUCUCCUCCCCCCCCUUCCUCUCCCCCCCACCUCCGUCUCUCCUCCCCCCUUCUCUCUCCCCCCCUUCUCCCUCCCCUCUCCUCCCACCCUUCCCUCCCUCUCCUCUCCCCACCCUCCCUCUCUCCCACCCUCCUUCUCUCCCCCCUUAUCUCUCCCUCCCUCCCUCCCUCCCUCCUCCCCCCCCUCCCUCCCUCCCCUCUCUCCCCCCUCUCUUCUCCCUUCCCCCCUUCUCUCUCCCGCCCUCCCUCCCCUCCCUCUCUCCCACCCCUCCUUCUCUCCCCCCCUUCUCUCUCCCUCCCUCCCUCCCUCCCCCCCCUCCCCCUUCUCUCUCCCCCCUUCUCCCUCCCUCUCCCUCCCUCUCUCCUAGACCAGUAUAAGAAGCUGCCAUCCUCCCAGCUCCUGGAGGAGGGUGGGUCAGAUGCAGACGCUCUUCAUCUCCCUCCUCUUCCUCCCGUUUUACCUGGGGACUCUGGCCCUGCUGGCAUACACACUCUGGGGGUACACACACACACACACACACACACACACACACACACAAUCAAUACAAUGUAUUUUAUACACACACCUCUCCUUUCUCCUCUUGUCUAGUUUCCACUGCUCCUCUCUCCUUUCCUCUCCUCUCCUCCUCUCUCCCCUCCUCUCCUCUUCCUCUCUCUCUCCCCUCCUCUUCCUCUCAAUCAAAUUCAAUUAAAUGUAUUUAUAAAUACCUUUUUUACAUCAGCAGUUGUCACUAAGUGCUUAUACAGAAACCCAGCCUAAAACCCCAAGCAACAAGCAAUGCAGAAGCACGGUGGCUAGGAAAAAACUCCAUAGAAAGGCAGAAACCUAGGAAGAAACCUAGAGAGGAACCAGACUCUGAGGGGUGGCCAGUCCCCUUCUGGCUGUGCCAGGUGGAGAUUAUAACAGUACAUGGCCAUUAAGGCCAAAUCGUUCUUCAAGAUGAUCAAACGUUCAUAGAUGACCAUCAGGAUCAAAUAAUAUUCACAGUGGUUACAGCCAGGAAUCGUCAGGCCAGGUAGUCCUGAGGCAUGGUCCUAGGGCUCAGGUCCUCCGGGAGGAGAGACAAAGAGAGGAUGAGAGAGAGAGAGCAUACCUAAGAUCACACACGACACCAGAUAAGAUAGGAGAAUUACACCAGAUAGGACAGACUGACCCUAGCCCCCCGGCACAUAGACUAUUACAGAAUAGAGACUGGGGACUGAGACAGGGGGGGGGGGGGGUCGUGGUUACCUCUGGACGGGGCCAACCAGGCAGGAUAUAACCCCACCCACUUUGCCAAAGCACAGCCCCCACACCACCAAUAGGGAUAUCAACAGACCACUAACUUACUACCCUGAGACAAAGCCAAGUAUAGUCCACGAAGAUCUCCCCACCACACGAGCCCAAGGGGGCGCAAAACUGGACAGGAAGAUCCCGUCAGUGACUCAACCCACUCACGUCGAGUAUAGCGACAAAGCCUGGCAUGACGUGAUGCACCCUCCUAGGGACGGCAUGGGAGCAAGUCAGUGACUCAGCCCCCGUAAUAGGGUCAGAGACAGAGAAUCCCAGUGGAGAGAGGGGAGCCGGCCAGGCAGUGAACGCAAGGAUGGUUCCAGUGCCUUGCCGUUCACCUUCACACCCCUGGGCCAGACUACACUCAAUCAUAGGACCUACUGAAGAGAUGAGUCUUCAGUAAAGACUUAAAGGUCGAGACUGAGUCUGCGUCUCUCACAUGGAAAGGCAGAGCAUUCCAUAAAAAUGUAGCUCUAUAGGAGGAGGCCCUGCCUCCAGCUGUUUGCUUAGAAAUUCUAGGGACAAUAAGGAGGCCUGUAUCUUGUGACCGUAGCGUACAUGUAGGUAUGUAUAACAGGACCAACUCUGAGAGAUAAGUAGGAGCAAGCCCAUGUAAUGCUUUGUAAGUUAGCUGUAAAAUCUUGAAAUCAGCCCUAGCCUUAACAGGAAGCCAGUGUAGAGUCUGGCACUGGUGUAAUAUGAUUGGUGUAAUAUGAUGUAAUAUGUCAAGAUUCUAGCAGACGUGUUUAGCACUAGCUGAAGUUUAUUUAGUGCUUUAUCCGGGUAGCCGGAGAGUAGAGCAUUGCAGUAGUCUAAUCUUGAAGUGACAAAAGCGUGGAUUAGCCUUUCUGCAUAAUUUUUGGACAAAAACGUUCAGAUUCUUGCAAUGUUACGAAGAUGGAAAAAAAUUAUAUAUUUUUUAUAUGUUCGUCAAAAGAGAGAUCAGGGUCCAGAGUAACGCCGAGGUCCUUCACAGUUUUAUUUAAGACUAUUGUACAACCAUCGAGAUUCAUUGUCAGAUCCGACAACAGAUCUCUUUGUUUCUUGGGACCUAGAACUAGCAUCUCUGUUUUGUCAAAGUUUAAAAGUUAAACAUUUGCCACCAUACACUUCCAUAUGUCUAAAACACAGGCUUUGUGGUUGGCAAUUUUGGGGCUUCACCAUGUUUCAUCGAAAUGUACAGCUGUGUGUCGUCCGCAUAGCAGUGAAAGUUGGCAUUGUGUUUCCGAAUGACAUCACCAAGAGGUAGAAUAUAUAGUGAAAACAAUAGUGGUCCUAGAACGGAACCUUGAGGAACACCGAAUGUCAGAAGACAAAAACCAUCCACUGAGACAAACUAAUAUCUUUACAACAGAUAAGAUCUAAACCAGGGAAGAACUUGUUCGCGUAGACUAUUUAUGGUUUCCAAUCUCUCCAAAAGAAUGUGGUGAUCGAUGGUGUUGAAAGCGGCACUAAGGUCUAGGAGCACAAGGACAGAUGCAGAGACUUGGUCUGACGCCAUUAAAAGGUCAUUCACCACCUUCACGAGUGCGGUCUCAGUACUAUGAUGGGAUCUAAAACCAGACUGGAGCGUUUCGUAUACAUUAUUUGUCUUCAGGAAGGCGGUUGAAACAGCUUUUUCAAACGUUUUUGAGAGGAAUGAGAGAUUCGAUAUAUAGACCGAUAGUUAUUUUAAUUUUCUGGGUCAAGGUUUGGCUUUUUCUGGAGAGGCUUUAUUACUGCCACUUUUAGUGAGUUUGGUUCACAUCCGGAGGAAAGGGAGCCGUUUAUUAUGUUCAACAUAGGAGGGCCAAGCACAGGAAGUACAGGGAGCUCCAAAAGUACUGGGACAGUGACAAGUUUGGUUGUUGAUUUGGCUCUGUACUCCAGCACUUUGGAUUUGAAAUGAUACAAUCACUACGAUGUUAAAGUGCAGACUGUCAGCUUUAACUUGAGGGUAUUUUCAUCCAUAUCGGAUGAACCGUUUAGAAAUUACAGCGCUUUUUGUACAUAGUCCUCCCAUUUUAGGGGAACAAAAGUAUUAGGACAAAUUCACUUAUGUGUGUAUUAAAGUAGUCAAAGGUUUAGUAUUUGGUCCCAUAUUCCGAGCACACAAUGACUACAUCAGGCUUGUGACUCUACAAACUUGUUGGAUGCAUUUGCUGUUUGCUUUGGUUGUGUUUCAGAUUAUUUUGUGCCCAAUAGAAAUGAAUGGUAAAUAAUGUAUUGUGUCAUUUUGGAGUCACUUUUAUUGUAAAUAAGAAUAGAAUAUGUUUCUAAACACUUCUACAUUAAUGUGGAUGCCACCAUGAUUACGGAUAGUCCUGAAGGAAUCGUGAAUAAUGUCGAGUGAGAAAGUUACAGACGCACAUACCCCCCCAGGACACGUUAACCACUCACCAUUACGAAAAACAGGGGAAGUUAGCAUUUUUUUUGGAGGGGUAUGAUAUUUGUGCAUCUGUAACUUUCUCACAGUGACAGUAGACCAGUGGAUAGACACACACACUAACCCUACCUGUCCCGUCUCUGUCCCCAGUCUCCCUCCCUCUAGUGUGUGUGGUCCGUUCCAGGGCCAAGGCUGGGUCAUACAGGCUGUAG